UUCAGCUUGCUCCGCUGGACUAAAAGCAGCUCCAUAACUGCAGACUGGAUGAGAGCGGGACAGAACGUGUGGGACAUGUAGAGGCUGUUGCUUUAACUGAGCUUUUCCUCCUCCCUGUGUUUGGGUUUCGGACGCCUGUGGAAUAUUGCAGAGACGAGCAGUGACAGAGAAAGCUUAGAGUUAAGGAUUACAGCGAGUUGACCCUCCUGGCUGCUGUUCGUUUGAGGGAAAUGUCGAGCGAAGGUGACCUAGGAGGACAAGCGUCCACCACAACGCUGAGUACCGUGGCAGUGCAGGCAGGAGAUGCACAGAUUAUUGUAACUUUAUUAAAGUGUGGAGAGCAGCUCCAGCUGCAGCUGACUGAAGCUCAUCCCGACCUCCUGGAGAUCGGAAACAAUCAGGACGAAAACAAGAAGCUUCUGGACGAGCAUGAUGAGCUGCUGGCCAAACUAAAGAGGAACGAAGGAGGUGUGCGGGCGCUGCUGGAGAAGGCGGAUAAGGCGGCGGAGGAGAAGGAGGGUGAGGAGGAUGUGUACCAGGCCAUGGCCCUGUCUCUCAACCAGGCCUGGAAAAUGUUAGUGAGCCACCUGGAGAAACGGCGCUCACUACUGGAGCUCGCCUGCCACUUCUACGACCGCGCCCUGGAGUUCGCUAUUAAGAUUGAUGAAGCGGAGGAGCUGCAGUGUGCUGGACGCGAGCUGAACGGGGACAUGGGUUUAACUGAGCUGAAGCACAAAUACAGCAGUAUGAAGAGAGGGCUGCUGGAGAAGUCCAUGUUGGCGCUGAAUAAAAGUUACGAGUUGUUGGAUUUCCUGAAGCGCUUCGAGGCCGAGGAGGCGCUGAAGUACGGCACCGGGACACGGGGUGCUCGGAACAGCUACAGGAAUGUCAAUGGACUGAUGGAGCUCCUGCAAGACCGGCGCAGGGCAAUCGACCUGGGGAUGACCGAACAAAUCCGCAAACAGGAAGUGAAUAACGGGAUCUCUGAGUGGGAGAGACAGGAACAGGAAGUAAGACGUUGGUUUAAGGAAAAUGCCGACCUGUUCUUGGAAAGGAAUCAGCUUGGCUCGUCCCUGUCUGAAAGUGAGGAGUUACUGCGGGAGUAUAAAGAAUUUGAACUCAAAGCCAAGCAAUGGACAGUUUUAGUGGAGCGACUUCUCCAGCAGGCAUCCGAGCUUCUUUCAUUAAGUGAUCAAGCAAAGCUUGACUCCAUUGCAGAGAAAAGUGAGAAUCUGCGCACCACAAACGAGCAAUUCCAGGGUCUGAUGAUGUGUCGAGUGGGACAGCUGCACGAGAGCAACGGCUUCUUCAGCAGUGCUAAUAAAGCAUUUGUAAUCCUGGGAACUAUUGAGAGCGCCAUAAAAGGUUUGAAGACUCAGACUGUGCAGUUGCCGGAGCUGGCUAAGAAGCAUGAAGAGCUGCAUCGGAAUAUCAAAGAUGCGGCUGCCGAACCUCUCCAACGAGGACAGCUUAUACUUCAGAAGCUUAGUCCACAAAGUGCCCAAGUCGGAGGUGUGCAGAGGAUGCUGGGAUAUAUCAGAGAUCGGGUCAAUGGGCUGAGCCAGCAGUGUCACGCCUAUAGAGAACUUGCAGGGAGGAAACAACAGCUGCUGACAUCCUUUGAAGACUUGGAGGAGAAGAUCUCCAGCUGGAUUAAGAGCAGUAAUGCUGUCUUAUCGAGCAAUACAGAGCUUGGUUCCUCACUCUCUGAGGCUAAGGAACUGCUCAACAAACACCUGGAAUUAUCCACACAAACACAGCAUGCUGUGGCAGAGUCAGAUGCCGCUGAGGGAAUGAUUAAUGAAUUGAGGACGCUGGAGUCCCCUGAAGCGGUGGAGCUCUCCAACCGGGCCGCUGUACUGAGAGAGCAGCUGAAGACACUACAGAGGAAAAUCUGUACACACCUGGAGAGCCUCAGGAGCUAUGUUAGCUUCUUAUUAUCUGCCAAGGAGGUUGAAGAUCAGGUUAAGAUGUUGUUGGAUUGCUAUAAGAAAAGACCAGAGACGGAGGAGGAGAAUGAGGAAACGGGGACUCCCAUGAAGGAAGACAUGGAUGCAAGAUGGCAGUUGUUUUUACAGAAAUUCCUCUCCAUGCAGGAUCAGGGGAACAACUUUAUCAACUCUUCUACUAUGGUGAGCGAGACGCUGAGUCUGAACGUCAAAGCGGCCGUUAACGCUGUGGAAAAGACGACAGACAAUCUGAGCAGGAAGAAAGCCGAGCUCACAGAUCUGUGGUCGUCCUGGCAGCUCCAUUACACUCAACUCAAGUCUGUGAAGAAGCAGUGGAAAAAAUUUAAGGAUCAACUUAAGAAGGUUGUGCAUGAACUGAAGUCUAUGGAGGGAAUUCUUACUCCAGCAUCGAAACUUGACCUGGGCAGUGAUCUUCAGAGUGUGUCUAAGCUGCAAAAGAGCUUCAGCUCCACCAAGCAACAGUUUCUUCAACUUAACGCCGAAGUGGAGUUCCUGGUUAAGACGUCGGAGUUGCUGUCGCUGAAAGGAAUCUCGAUGAAAGAGAAAAACGAGAGGGUCAGCGAGCUUCUCCUGGUGCACCAGCGUGUGAGGGAUAAGAUCCGCGAGUAUGAGACAGUUCUCAGCAUGGCCGUCAAAUUCCAUCAAGUUUAUCAAGAGCUGGACAUCUUAUUAAAGGCUGAGCCUGUGAAUGGAUCGAGUGAUCCGAAUCAAGCCAGGAUCCAGCUCAGCCAGCACCAGGAUCGACAAAACCACGUCCGGCACCUUUACAAGCUGGCCAUCUCGCUGGCAGCUGAUAUCACCAGCACUAUCCAGCAACCGCCAACGUUGGUGUUCUCAGUUCAGGAGAAGAUGGAACGCCUGCGUCAGAGCAGCGUGAUCUGGGCCGCUCAGGCCAGCCAGUGUGAGGAGAACCUGAUGAGCAACAUGCACUACUGCGUGUUUAAAGAGGAGAUCAGUGAGCUCAGAGAGUCCUUUAAAGACAUCAAGAAGAAAUUCAACAAUUUGAAAUUUAAUUACUUGAAGAAAAACGAGAAGAUGAGAAACAUGAAGGCUGUAAAAAAUCAGAUACAACAAAUCGACAUCUAUUUAGAAAAGCUGCAGACUUUAAAGAUGAAGCUGCAGGCCUUUGCGGUAUCAAGCAACAGUGAGAAGCAUCUAAUUGGCAGCAGUUCCAGAGAGCUGGAGGAUUCCAUUAAUGAGCUACAGAGACAGGUGGGAGAUUUUGACAGGGCAGUCGAGGACUACAAGCAGAACCUGGAACUCAGCAUGAAGCUACAGCAAGCCAUGGAAGAGUAUGAGUUUUGGUGUGAGGAGGCGAGCUCCACCAUUGUGAGAGUGGGCAAAUACUCAUCCGAGUGCAAAACGAAGGAAGCCAUCAGCUCUCUACAUAAGCAGUUUGAGAAGUUCGUCUGGCCCACAAUCCCACAGCAGGAGGAACGAAUCAGGCAGAUCACAGAGCUCGCAGUGCGUCUGCAUGGUGCUGAGGAAGGGGCGAGGUACAUGGAGAAAACUGUUAACAAGCAUAAUGAAAUAGUGGAAUCAAUAAAGGAGAUGUCAAGUGGACUUAUCGACCUGGAAGCUAAAUUACAGGCCGAGUCUUUAAAGGCACAAUCUGCUGAAGAAAACAAAGCCUAUGACACCAUAGAAACUCCGGAGGCCAAAGAGACGGGCCACACUCCUGAGAUAAUGGGACCGGGUGGCACCAAAGACGACCCAGUCACCAAGAACGCAGAAAGCAAGAAGCCACAGCUGUGCAAAUCACAAAGUCAGGACAACCUGGGCCGUCCACACCAAGUGCUCUCAGAGACACGCUUCUACACACAGGAGGCUUAUUCGAAGAGCACUGCGGAGACCAUCAACAGCAAGUCCACAGUGGAGAGGAAGGAGCAAACUCACACCUCUUUCUCUCACACACACAAGUUCAGCAUGUCCAGUUCUCCCAUAGAGAGAGACAGGAGGAUCUGCACGCUCCAGCAGAGCAAGAGACCAUCUCAAGACACUCCUCCACCUUCUCAGGGCGAGUGCCACGCAGCAUCCAGUGGUUCAGAGAAACAGACCGCUGGUCUCCGAAAUCACCAUGAGAAAUCCCACGGAGUUUGCGACUCGCACACUGCUGGACAUGCACUACACACAGAGGCUAAGAGUGAAGUGCUGCUUCCAAGAGAAGAGGACCUUUUCUCCAGGGUUGCACCAGACUCUGGUUUACCCUCAGAUGGAGAUUUCCAUCCCGACCACCUGAGUGAAGAGUCACUGUCUAACGAUGAGUAUGAAUGCACCUCACCUGAUGACAUCUCUCUCCCACCCUUAUCUGAAACCCCCGAGUCCAACAUGGUCCAGUCUGAGAAUGAUCUAGAUGACAUCUACUGUGUGAGCUCCCACAGUCUCCACACAAACUACCACAGCCAGCAGUGUCACUCCAGACAUGGCGAUCCACUCCAUUUCCAGCCAGAGGAACGCUUCCCGUCCCCUACAACAGGCCCAGCUAGCCGAUUCAGAGCCGAAUCGUCCUCAUUUGUCCAUAGCCCACUUACUGUUCCAACCCCAACGCUGGUCUCUAGUACCAUCUCCAGCAUCUUAAAGAGCAGCAAGCCGAAAGGCUUUGCUGAGUGCCAGCAAACCAUUUACUCAAUGCAUGAGAGCCGGUUCGAGAAGCAGGAGUGUGUGCAUGAACCUGCCUCACCCCAACACUCUUCUGUUGCUCAGGCUGGUAACACGCAUGCUUCCCAUAAACCAUUAACCUCAGUAAAGGAGCCAGAGCUGUGCAAGCCCACGGGCAUCUGUGAGGAAAUAAAGCGGUCGAGCAGUGCCAGGGCCACCGGAAACCUAGCAGAAGGGCAGAGCCCUAACUUCUCCAAACAUUUGUGUAAUGCUGUAGUAAUGGAGGGCUCUCCUGUGACCUUGGAAGUGGAAGUCACUGGAUUCCCUGAACCUGCUUUAACUUGGUUCAAGAAUGGUCAGGAACUGCAUAGUGACGAGCGCAUGUCACUGUCCCAUAAAGAAGGCAAGCAUGUGUUGUUCAUUGAGAGAGCUGCAGAAAGAGAUUCGGGCCAGUAUUUGGUUCGUGCCUCAAACUCAGCCGGCACGGUUUCCUCCAGCUCCAUGCUGCAGGUCAAAGUGUAUGAAAGAGCCACUCACCACUCUCUCUCUGGGCGAGAGACCAGAAGAAGACCUCAGAGAACCUGGGAGUGAGGAUGAACCCCACAUGCUGUGCUUAAAGAAAUCUCUAUAAUAGGGCAAGAAUGCAAACCAGUGACAUCAUGUUCAGGAAAUGAUUAAGAGGAUGUAAACUGCAGCUGUAAUUUCCUACACUGUGCGGAAAUAGUGUGAAGGUGUAUCAAUAAAACAAGUUUCUGUCAUUGAUUUAUUUUAUUUGUGUGACAAGCCAAAGUGGCAUGCAUGCCUUUCUAAAGAUGUCUGAUGUUGUGAAAUACAUUUACUAUUUCUCUUAUCAGUUUUUGUCUUGUUCCUUGGAUGCGUAUACAUUUUUUGUUAAACUAUGAAAUUCCUCUUUUGCCCUUUAAAUUGCCAAUAGUGGGUAAAAAAAAGACCUUGGAUAAUCUGAACUCAAUGAAUCAAGUACUAAUGUUUAAAUUCUAUUUGAAAUAAAACAUAAAUAUUACUUUAUAAAAUCA